CAAACGCUAUGAUUCAUGAGGGGCGCAAGCAUUAAAAUACGUCCCUCCAUUCAACCAUUACUCCUCCCUCGCCUUCCCAACUCCUCCUGUUCAUCUUCGUCUCCAGCACCGAGUUCGGUUCUUUUUCUUCUUCGGAGGUCGGAGCCGCCAAUUAAUUCCGAUCACUCGUUUAAAGGCUAGUUCCCGAUUAAUGGUCUCCGGCGCGCGGUUGCCGUAAAGGACUCUCGUGAGUCGUGAGAACAUCGCCUCAGCCGGCCUCGCCAUGGUUCCAUUUGAUUAACUAAAUACGUAGACGUUAACGGAGGCAAAUACGUGGGUUCAAACCAUUUCUCCACCUACGGAUCACAAGUCUGCGCACGGGACGUUUCCUUUCCACGGUGGCAUAUUCCCAUUGGUCCUACGUAUGACGACUCCUCUUCCUCUCCUCCACUGCCGCCCCUUUCCGUUCUUUCUUCCAUUCGAGGCGGCGCAAGACAAUUGAGCUCCGCCGCGUCGCUUACUUCCUCACCAGCGAACGCCUGCUCCUGCAAGCUAGAGCUGAUAAGGCCACCGUUCCGUCCUCUCGGUAUCUCUGUUGGAGAAGGUUGGACUUGGAUGGAAAGAAACGGGGGAGAAUUGGAGUUCGUGCUUUGAAUGAUUCUAAUUUCGGGGGCCGCCUCUUGAUGACUGGGUUAUUACCGUUGUUGAUUUCGUAUUGCUCUGUUUGGGCGCCUCCCUCUUCGUCUCCGACUCUUCCGAUUCCGGCUGGCUUCGGGUUGCCAAUUCCAUCCUGUCGAUGAUCACCGGCGGUUGCUGUGUUUCCCGACGAAUCUCCAUGGGUCCCGCGCCCGGCGAUCCGUCGACGCAGAAGCGGUUCUCGUCCGGCGUGGUGCCGCCGGCUGCGCUCAUCUUCCUCGUGCUGGUCUUCGUCGCCGGCGCCAUCGUCACGCUCGAUCACAAGGAGAACCUGUCGAUAUUGCAGCUCCAGCAAAGAGAAGCUCCUGUGGCCGCCGCCGAGGAGGAGCCCCAGCCCCGGCCCGCCGUGCGCGUCGUCGAGGCGUCGCCCACGGAAGAGCCCGCCGACAUCUGCGAGAACCAAUGCAGGCCAUGGGGCAGCGAUGCGCUGCCUCGGGGCAUCGUGCAGGGCAAGUCCAACUUCGAGAUGGAGUCCCUGGGCGGCAACCCGGAAGAACAGCAGCGGCGUAGGAACGCGAAGCGCUCGCCAGCCAAGAGCCUCCUGGCGAUCCCCGUGGGGAUCAAGCAGAAGACCGUGGUCGACAGGCUCGUCUCCAAGUUCGCCCGUUCCGGAUUAUUCACGGUGAUGCUGUUCCACUACGACGGGUCCUUGGACGCGUGGCGGGACCUGGCGUGGUCGGCGCGCGCCGUGCACGUGGCGGCUGAGGGCCAGACCAAGUGGUGGUUCGCCAAGCGGUUCCUGCACCCGGACCUUGUGGCCGAGUAUGAAUAUGUGUUCCUCUGGGACGAGGACAUCGAGGUUGGUGGGUUUGAUUCUGUGAGGUAUCUCGACAUUGUCAGGAAGGAAGGGCUCGAGAUCUCGCAGCCGGCGCUCGAUCACCGGUCGCACAUCCACCACCGGCUCACCGCCCGUGCCCGCGGCAGGGCUGCGGUGCACCGGAGGUUCUAUAAGACCACCGGCAAGGGGUCCCGCUGCUACGGCAACAGCACCGGCCCUCCUUGCACAGGGUGGGUGGAGAUGAUGGUGCCGGUGUUCUCGAGAGCGGCGUGGAGGUGCGCGUGGCACAUGAUCCAGAACGACCUCAUCUAUGCUUGGGGGCUGGACUUCAAGCUCGGGUACUGCGCGCAGGGGGACCGGAGGAUGAACGUCGGGAUCGUCGACAGCGAGUACGUGCUCCACAGAGGGAUCCCCACGCUCGGCGAUGAUGGCGGCGGAAAGAAGGCGACGAAGCGAUCUUCUUCGUUGUCAUCGUCGACGGACCGGUACGCGGUGCGGCAGCGGUCGUACACGGAGCUCCAGAUAUUCAACAGGAGGUGGAAGGAGGCGGUGGCCGGGGACCAGUGCUGGACUGAUCCUUACCCGCAGCCCGCGCCGACCAAGGAAUGACAAUGACCAUGGCCGGCCGGCGAUCGAUGGCGUCGGCAUGCACAAACAGUGGGGUAUGUGUAGUCAGUUACCUGCAGCUAGCUGCGGCACAGGCCUUGGCUUAGAUGAUACAGACAGAUAACACAGCAAAACUUACAGGUCUAGCCUAGAGAGUUUCAGAUUAAAAAUCAGAUAUAAUGUACAGAUCUCUCUCCCUACCUUCCUCUCCGGGGAAUAAGCAGAGCUACUUUCAAAGAUGAUGUAAGUAUUACAAUUUUAAAGUCGAUCAAUGAAGUUUUGGCAUAUCAGUUUAGACAA